UAAAUGGCAACAAUCGGACCAUAUCAAUGCCUUAGAGUUAUUGGGAAAGGAGGUUUCUCAGUAGUUCUUCUAGGCCAGCAUCAGGAGACCGGUGAGCUUUGAGCUCUCAAGAUCAUGGACAAGAACCCUGAUCAUGAAGAAGCAAUGGACCAGCUUGUCCAGAAUGAGGUAGAUGUCAUGAAAACCAUUAGUCACCCAAAUGUGGUUAAUUUGUUAAACUAUUCAAUGAGUGAAAACUUGAUCAAGCCCAAUGGAGACAGCAAGGAAGUCUACUACUUAGCACUUGAAUUAGCCACUGGAGGAGAGCUCUUUGACUUUUUAGCAGAGACUGGCCCUUUUAGUGAAGAACUUACUAGAUAUUAUUUUAAACAACUGAUUACGACAUUUGCCUACCUGAAUGAAAAUGGAGUUAGCCAUAGAGAUCUUAAGCCUGAGAACAUCAUGUUCGACCAGGAUUACAAUUUGAAAAUAGCAGAUUUUGGGCUAUCCUCAGAUAAGGCUCUGAAUUUCUCAAAGAAGGGAACUCUGAAUUAUAUGGCCCCUGAAGUUUUAGAGGGUUGCGCAUACAACGGGCAUUGCGUAGACUUAUUUGCAAUCGGGAUUAUCACAUUUUUGAUAUAUUCAAAACAUCCGCCAUUUUUGAAAGCUGCCAACAAUGAUCAGUACUACAGGCUGCUGAUAGGUAACAGGCAGGACCUUUUCUGGGCUUUCCACUCUAAGAGUAAGGAAGAGGGAUACUAUUCAGAAAGUUUGAGAGAUCUUUUACAAUGGCUUUUCGCCUUCAAUCCAAUGGAACGCCCAUCGAUUUCUGAAAUUAUGUCUCAUGAGUGGUUCAAUGGGCCUGUUCCAACCCAUGACGAGGUGAAGGAGAUCAUUGAGCUUAAAAAGGCAGCUGUCUUAAAAGAGAACUAUCAACCAGACUCAGAGGUUCCUUUCUCAGGUUCAGAUCCAUCAACAGUGGGAAGUACGACCUGGAGAUCUUUCGGUGCCGAUGAAAAUAGUACAAGGAAGGCAGCUAUCUACAUGCCCGAGUUGAAGAGGUUCACCCAGUUCUUCUCCACUUCCGAAGCAGACAUACUCUUGGGCACCUUCGUCCUGUUCGCAGAGAAGAACGGAAAUGAGGUCAAAAUUGACAACGAUCAAUACAGCGCAACCAUGAAAAUUGCAAAGGAAGAGGAAGAUGAAGAUCCUGAGAUGGAGAUGGAGAUAAGAGUCAACGUACUCCAAGUCGAUGAGAAAGCUCCCAAAUAUUGAGUAGAAUUUGUCAAAGAAUCCGGAGAUAAGUUUGAGUUCAAUGAGCUAUACAAAGAUAUCAGGGAAUUCUUUGGAGGAUUAGCCAAUGCAAAAGAAUAAUUAGCAAUAUUUUAACUAUUUUU